GCAGCAGUGCGUCACCGAGUUAGUGUUGAAUGUGUCGUGCGACGAGCAACAACGUCGGGCCUGGCGAGCAGUCGUUGUCGUAGCCGUCGCCUCGAGUAAGCAUCGGUGAUACAUCGGAGCGGUAGACGCGCUCGCCCCGCGUCAAGCCCGGCCGCGUAACGUCGAGUGUCGGCGAAACGGUGGUGCAACGUGUCGUCCUCGCUGUCGUCAUCGUCUCGCCCGUCAGCUCGUCGCCUGACGAUGCAUCGUGCGCAUCACGUCCGCGACGACGGAGCCGCGAUCGACGCGCGUUGUUGGGCGUAGCCGGCGGCAGCGAAAACCGACAGGAGCGUGCGUGUGACAAAAGCCUGUGGGAACGCUGCCAUUGCGAGGGAACGAGUGCUCUCACCCGUGCUCUAGGUGCGCCUGCACUCGCGUGAGAGAAUAGAGACGCGAGGCGAGCACGUAUAUACGCAUCGCUCCUCUCCCGUCUCUCUCCAGCGUCUCGCGCUCUUCGUCCCCGGCCGCGCGACACUUCCGUGCCCGAAAACCCGACGCGCCUAAAACGACCGGAAGAUCGAACAACGAGAAUCCAACGUCGCGAGGCAUGUCAUCGUAGCACCGUACACGACUCGUGGUCUCGAGAUCUCGGAUUCGAGCGCGAGGUGAAGCCACAGCAUGGCCAGCAGAUGACUGUUAGCCGAGCCGGUGCUCGUACUCGACUCUAAUAUGAGCGAAGUAGUGGCAGUGACGCCAACUGGUGGACCUACGCGCCAGGAAAGCGUGACACACAUCAAGCGGCACAAGCUGGCCAGCUGUAAUGUUCCUCUCGUGCACGGUCGGCCGAAUCCGUCGAUCAGUCCACGUAGCAGAUUGACCACGCAUCAACGAAACCACAGUUUGGACUUCAGAUCAAUGGGUAUCUUACUACCACCGGUGCCUCAGGCAGCCGCAACGACGUUGACGCACCAUCACAGGAACCGAAGCCUGGAUUCCGCUUUGCAACGGAUUCCAGAGGUGGACGUGACACCGAGCCCGGAAUGCGAGAAUCCCGCCCCUUCAUCAGUCUCUAAGACGACAACCGUAUCAUCGUCGUCGUCAUCGUCAUCAUCGUCAUCGUCAGGACCAUGUGGAAAAGGCACUCGCACCGCGCGGGAACGCGAGGACUUGGCCAGUCUCGGUUCUGACGACUCCGGUAUCUUGUGUGGCUCCGACAGCGGUUCGAGCGACGCCACGAAUGCGCCCGCGACCCGAGAAUCCAGCGUGGAUCAUUUGCACAGCCGUGAGAGCCUCGACUCGUCUGUGUCACAGCCAGGAGACUCGGUGUAUUCGAUCGAUGUGGUAGACGGUAUUGAAAACGGUGCCGGUGUAGUGUCGGUGUCGAUGUCAAUGUCGGUACCAGUGUCGCCCGUGGAACUGUCGACGCGUCUUAGUGAUAAUCCUAUGUCUCCUGUAUCUCCCAAUGACGAAACCAACGAUCGUAAUUGUCCGCGAUCGUACAACGACACGAACGUUGUUGGUGAACCUUGCUCGCAAGAACCGCGAAUAACUAACGCGAAUGUGCGAGAACACAAUAGUGACGAUUAUCAGCGUCAGGAAUGCGUCGAAAUCUAUCAAAGCGUUAUAACGCAAGUGGCGUCAUCACCGCCAACUGUGGCUGACACAAGCCAAAAUGAAUUGGCCGGAGCGGCCAUGACUCUUUGCUGCGGUACGACUGCGACACAGCAACAGGAAGCUGAGACAGUGAAAAAGCAACCAGAUGUUAUCCGUCGACAGCAACAAGAAACAAAACAACCGAAACCAUCAGAAGGUUGUCUACUGCGACUCUUCGAGAGUCAAAUAUUCGACAUGUCCAUGGCUAUUUCUUAUCUGUUCAAUUCGAAAGAACCCGGCGUUCAGAGUUAUCUAGGUAACAAGAUGUUCAGUUUCCCGGAUAAUGAUGUGGACUUUUACUUACCGCAGUUAGUUGUGAUGUAUAUACAACUUCACGAUAUAACAGAAGUCCUUUAUCCAUAUCUUGUCCAUAGAUGUAGACAAUCGGCAGAUUUCUCUUUAAAAUGUGCUUGGCUGCUAGAUGCGUAUAGUUCCGAUGCUCAUUUACCAUCAAAAAAGAAGUCUCAUGGGACCAAAUUGAAAAAUCUUAUCUUGUCAGAUGAACUCAGGCCAAAGGGAAAUGAGAGUCGAAAGCAGCGCAUAGCUGGAUUGCAAGUUCCUGCACCAUCACCAUUGCCCUCGGCGCAAAACCUUACGUCGCCGAAUAAAAAAACCCACCAAAGAUCUCAGUCCGACGCUACUGGAUUGUUCCAGACUAUCCGCCGUAGUCAUUCCGGUAUAAUAAAUAAAGUAAGUCUUGGGGACCUGAGCUCGGGUCGAGCGUUUGACAAUGGUUGUACCUGCUUUUAUUCCUGCCAAGGUGUGGUGAACGAUUUGCGAGGCCAAAAGACAGAUUGUUUCUGCAACGCACCUCGACUCGCGCCAGAAUUUGAAUUUAUACAAGCGUUAAUAUCAAUUGGUAAAUUGCUCGGAACUAUCCCAACAAAGGAAAGUAAAACCGUUCAAUUAGUAGCAGAGCUCAACACGCUUAAUUUGAAUCUCCCUGCAAGGGUGUGGUUACCUCUGCAUAGUAUGAUACCGCAUCAUAUCGUGCGAGUUCCGCCACAGUAUGCUGCUGUUCUUAACAGCAAAGACAAGGCACCCUAUAUAAUAUAUGUGGAGGUAUUAGAAGUGGAAGAUUUAUAUACGUCACCCGUGCCGACGAAAAUAAUGGGUAGUUCAUUGAGGCAUACCAAGUCUGAAGAGAACUUAACCGGCGGCGAACAAUCCAACAUAUCUACUUCCGAUAGUCAACAAAAUUUAGCGGUGCGACAGACACCUGUAAAAAAUAUUUCGCCUUACUCCGUUAGGAAUACAGACGUAACAUUUAAUUUCCCCGACGAUGAUCCUAACGAUUGUUGGAGUCAGGAGGACGAUGAGAUUACGCAGCAAUACUUACAGCUUCGUAAGCCGAAAGAUCGAGAUACUAUCUCACAAUUGAGUCAAGAAUCGUCCGACAGCAGAGAACCGAUUUUUGUACCGGGCGACAUCAAGAGAAGAUUGAGCGAGAUGGCAGCUACGCCCAGUGCGACAUUUAGUCACGAUCCCGAGGACCCCUCGGCAGCGGUUCUUAAGGAGCCGUGGGAGCAAAAACAACGACGCAUAAGAACUUCCAGUCCGUAUGGGCACUUGGCAUCUUGGAGAUUACUCGCCGUCAUUGUGAAAUGUGGCGAUGAUCUUAGGCAAGAACUUCUCGCUUCGCAAUUGCUUUCGAUGUUGCAAAAGAUUUGGCAAGACGAACAAGUACCUCUCUGGGUGCGACCAUACAAAAUACUAUGUUUAUCUAAUGAUAGUGGUCUGAUUGAACCGAUCCUGAAUACCGUCUCGCUUCAUCAAGUCAAGAAGCAGUGCCAAUUAACGCUUUUUCAAUACUUUGAACGAGAGUUCGGCUCUUCUACCUCAGAGACGUUCCGCAUGGCGCAGAAAAACUUCAUUCAAAGUUGCGCCGCGUACUGCCUGGUCAGCUAUCUUAUUCAAGUGAAAGACCGUCACAACGGCAACAUUCUACUGCACAGCGACGGUCAUCUGAUCCACAUAGAUUUCGGAUUCAUUCUUUCGACUUCGCCAAGAAAUCUCGGCUUCGAGACCAGUCCGUUCAAAUUAACACCGGAAUUCGUUGAAGUGAUGGGCGGCAAUCAAUCCAAGUUCUUUGAAGAAUUUAAAAGUCUCAUUCUUCAAGGUUUAAUCGCAGCACGGAAGCACAUGGAGAAAAUAGUCAACCUUGUUGAGAUCAUGUUAUCGGGUUCUCAACUUCCGUGCUUUCGGAGUGGUGGGGCGGCGACUGUUCAAGGUCUCAAGAAUAGAUUCCACCUCACGUUAACAGAAGAUCAAUUGCGUCGGCAUGUCGAGGAUCUGGUCGAAGGCAGUAUUCAUUCGUGGUCCACUAAACUCUAUGAUCGAUAUCAAUAUUUCGCAAACGGCACUCUUUAAUAUCAAGAUUAAUUAUCCUCUGUCUAUCGCGUUUUGACUGAAACUAUCUUUCCGUAAGAUUGAAAAAAGACAUUAAUCUUGACAUCAACGUGUUGUGGUACUUCUCCCACAUCAUUUUUUACACUUAAUUGCGAGGUCGAUCAAUCGUCAAUAAGCGAAGCGACUAAUAAGUAUACUCCUAAGUCAGUCUGCCGCAUCGGAAAAUUUGUUUUGUAUUAUAAUAACGCGUGAUAACAGCUAAAGAGAAAUUAAUUAUACAUUGCUGUUUGUUUUCAUGCGCGUUAUUUCCGCAGUUAUUUGAUAAAAGCAUUUGCUUAAAAAUUAUGUUAUACUGUGAAAGACAGCUUUUACCAGAAUUUCAAUGUGUAAAUAAAGAAUAAUUUCGGUGAAUACAACAGAGAGUUGCACGAUAACGCAGAAAAAGACAAGAUAUUCUUUUUAGGCAUGUGAGCCGAUUUCGAUUGAGCACAGCGCUGUUUUCUAGCAUUCCACAAGCACAAAUGACGCUUAGAGUGGAAAAAUUGCUUUCCUCUUAAAUAUAUAGAUAGUCUCAAUGAGGCUAGACAUAUAGGAAAAUUGAAUAAAUCACUAUUCUUCGAGUUUUAUCAUUAUUCCUUACUUUCGUGGAGGGGUAGGAACGAUAUAAAAUAUUUUUAGCAAAUUUCAAAGCAAUUCGGCAUUCGAUAAAAAUUCGAUUAAAAAAGCCUCGAU